GAUUAAAGUGGUGGGUGGAUUCAUUUACAUUUUGGGCAAAGCCAAUCAAGUCUAACAAUAGAUUAAAUGCAGUGUUGAGUAGGGAUGGGUACCGAAUUUCGGUACCGACCAAAUUCCCGCUUAAGUACCGAGUAUCGAUUCACGGGAAGUCCGUUGGUACCACAUUUCGGUACCUGAACGCACCUUGACGUCAUGCGUCGGUAAGAGUGGAGGACGCAGUGACGUAGUUACGUCACUGUUUGCUUUGUGCAAAGGCGAAACAUGGCGGAACGCAGGCGCUCCAAAGUCUGGCUUCAUUUUACCAAGCUGGAUGCUGACAGUGCGCUGUGCAACAUUUGCGAUGUAAAGUGUAAAGCCAACAAAGGAAACACGAGGAACUUGAGGAAGCAUUUGGUUAAACACCAAAUACUCCUCAAGGUGGAGGAGUGCACGAUUUUUGACAGUUUAAAAACACUGGGUAACGUUAGCAGCACAGCUACUCGCCCAGCGCCAGCAGCAAACGUCACCGCCAGCAAGCCUGCUGCAGGCAGCGGCUCGACAUUUCCAGCCAGCUUUGAGGAAGGAGAAGAACCGGCUCCGUUUAAAAAUGUAGGCGACGACGACGAUGCAUCUUCAAUUAGCUCAGCAGCAUCAAGUUCUUCAGCUCCAGGUAAGCUAAGUAAUGUGCUUAAAUGUUCCUGUUAGCCUGGCAUUUGAGAAGCAUUUGAAGUUAAAAUCGGCUCGGUUCCACGUGUUACAUGUUUAUGUUGAUUAACAGGUCGUUCAACGUUGUCCCAUUUCCCCACCCGCCCUUCAGUUACAGUGAGAGUUGCAACGGUGACCCCAUUCACUAAGGCAAAGGAGGCGGCUUUGCCUCGCCAUAGAGCCGAGGAGUGUCACAGAGCUGUAACAGCAUAUGUGGUUAAAGCUAUGUUGCCCUUUGCAACUGUAGACACCCCAUGGUUUAGGAACUGUAUAUUAUUUUAUUGUAUAAAAGGAGCGAUUAUGUAUGCGAUGGCCAGGGCUUGCUAAUGACAUUAUGAUGUUAUUCAGAUUUUUUUUUAAUUAUCAUUAUUAUUGCUUUUGUUAUUAUUUUUUCACAACAGGGAGAUGACAAGGGCUCUCAAUCCGAAAUACAACCCCCUAACUGAAAUGAACUUUGCAACACACUAGUACCAGCUUGGUACAGUGUGGAAAAAAGUAACGUAAAGGAGGAACUGAAAGGAGUAGACAACGUUGCAGUGACAGCUGACCUGUGGAGUAGUGUGGCUCAAGACCACUACAUCACUGUCACUGUUCACUAUGUAGUGGAGGCGGAGCUGAGGGAGAAAGUCCUCUAUACAAGGGCAGUGUAUGUCUCACAGACAGGGCCCGUUGUAGCAGAAGAAAUAGAUGGCAUCCUAGAUGACUUUGAAGUCAAGUCCAAAGUGGUAGCUGUUACUGUUGACAACGCUGCUAACAUGGAAGUAGCUAUCAAGAAGAUGAGGGUGUUGAAGAUGGGGUGUUUCGCACACACCCUCAACAUUGCAGCCCAAAAACUGUACACUGUGAAAAACAUAUCCAGUUGGUCUGGGAGGAUACACGCUGUUGUGCUGUGGCUUAGAAGAAAUAGCCUUGCAAAGCCUGUUCUGAAAGAGAAACAGAAACUCCUCGGCCUUGAUGAGCACUCCCUCAUACUGGAUGUGAGAACCAGGUGGAACAGUCUCUUCCUGAUGGUAGAGCGAUUCAUUGAACAGUACCCUGCCAUCCAGGCUGCUGCAAGGGACCCACGCAUAAAGAAGGCCAUGGACAGAGACAGGUUAGAGAGGGUGUCAGAUGAUGACAUAAGCAAGUGUGAGGACUUUGUGGACACCAUGAAAGUCCUAUACACAUCCACACUUGCAGUCUCCUCUGACAAGAACGCUACAGCAGGGCAGAUCCUCCCCAUCCUGGACAAACUGAGGGCCAAGUUCGAGGUGACAGAUGAAGACUCUGCAUUCAGAAGAGCCAUCAAGGAGAAGGUCUGGGGUGACCUCUCCUGCCGCUACACAGAGGAAGCAAAUAAAGAGCUUCGACUCUUCCUUGAGGAGGCUACAGCGCUAGAUCCACGCUUCAAAGGCUGGGUGCAUGAUGAGGCUGUUUGGACCCGCCUAGAAAAUGCAGCUGUGGCACUAAGUGCAAACAAGGGUGGAGUGGUGACCCAUGAGGAAGAGGAGGCAGAAAAGACAGAAAGAAAUGUGCUGCAAGAUGAUGAAUAUGAAGGAGAAGAGGCAGCAGCACCUGUAAAAAGAAAGAAGCUUUCAGCACUUGGUCAGCUCUUUGAGGACGAAGACCAGGCCCUGCUAAUGCCGACUGAGGCAGAUGUCACUACUCCCUCAGUGACUGAAAAGGUAAAGAAAGAGCUGCAGACCUACAGGAGCUUUCCAGCAGUCCUCAGCUCCACCAAUCCCCUCCUGUGGUGGUGGCAGAAGAAUGACCAAAUGCCAAUGCUGGCAAGUUUGGCCAAAAAAAUAUCUCUGUGUGCAGGCCUCUUCCACUCCUUCUGAAAGAGUGUUCUCGACAGCUGGGGACACAGUCAGCGUGGAACGGGCUCGGCUCUUGCCAGAAAAAGUCAACAUGCUCGUGUUCCUUAAAAAGAACUGUUAAAAAUGUGUGUAUCCUUUAAAAGUUGUU